AUGAUCAAUUACUACAUCAGAAAUAACUUUUUCGGAAGUGCGGCGACUUUAUGCGAUGACUCGUUGAAGCGGGUCAAAGAUCAGCGGCAAAUUCAGAUUCUGAAGGCCUAUUGUCUGACGAAGAUUGGUAUGGGAAGCUUUUUCGAUUAGCUAUUGCAAUGUAAAUUUAUUUUAGGAAAAGUUGCGGACGCUAUACGGAUUCUAAACGGGCUAACGGACGAGCCCGACCUGGAGUUGGCUGUUUAUAAUGCUCUGAAAAUCGCGUAUAACUCGGAAUCGGUGGUCGGUAAGUAAAAUUCGUAUGUAAUAGUGUCUUAUUCAUACUAUGAAGAGUUAGGAAAUUCUAUUUUUAAUAAUUUUUCAGACAAAGACUCGGUUCGAAAUGCCGAAGAAAAGGCGCAGAAUGCGUGGGCCAAAUCGCAUGAUCGUGGCGCGUUUUUGUGUGGUACGAUCUACAUGUUCGAGAAGAGUUAUGAACGCGCGAAACCUUUGAUUGAUCGAGUCGCUAAUUCUAAUACUCAUAAUGCGAUUGUAAGUUCUUGAAGCCGUCAUAUUUGGUGGGCAAAAAAUGGGGUAUUUGUCCGUACUUAACUCACAGGGGAAGUACUCCAAGUGCGACGCUCAGAUUUUCUUUAAAUUUUGCACACACGUCGGGUAUAGACUAAAUAUCAAUUCCUGAAAGUUUUAGCUCGCGCUUUGCGGGCGUCGCCGAGAUAUCGAUCGAUUUCUGCCGCCGAGAGAGCACGCUAAACGUGGAGAGCGGUCAGAGAGAAAAACGCUUUUUGGCCAUAACUUUGGCAGUUUCGUGCGGGAAAUUUUGAUUUUUUGUAGAAACAUUAUCCUUUACGAUUAAAAUAGGCAUGAAACUUUUCGUGCCGAAAUUCGGCAAAAAGUCCUAAAUUUUCGCCGACUUUCGAUCUAAAAAUCUCGGUUGUUUCUGCAAAGAGCGAGCUAGGAUCCUCGCAUAUAUCAUAGAAAAAAAUUUUCUAAAUUUGUGCCAAGUUUCAUCAAAAUCUGAGCGUCGCACUUGGAGUACUUCCCCUGUCAAUUUUUUUUGUAAAUUUUAUGGAAACUGGUGAAGAAUAGCGGAGAAGCACUUGAAAUAAGUUUCGAUUGAAAAGACAUGGCUCUGGAGCCGAGCCGGAUCCAUUUUUUGCGGUUCGGAAAAGAUAUCCUCGCUAGCGUAUCAGCCUGUCGGGAAAAUAGUGAGCACAAUCUCGCUGACUCGAUCGCAUCGUUGAAGCAAAAAAAAAUUUGAUUUUGCCGCGACACAAUUCAUUUCCUCGGCAGCGAUGCGAUUUUCGAUGCGGCAGAGUGCUCAUUAUUUUCCCGACAGAUUGAUAUAUGACAAAAUUAGGCCCCUUAUGACUGGCUCGGCACACUAGUGAUAGAUUGACGUGGUUUUUUCAGUGUCUCGCGCAGAAAGGCUGGCUGGAAGUGUUAUGGGGAAGAGAUCUCAAUUUGGCGACGAAAAAGUUUGAGGCCGCAAUUGAGACCGAUAACAAUCCGGACGGAUAUUUGGGGAAGAUCAAGUUGCUGCAAACGAGGUAAGGAAACUAUUGACAAGACAUGAAAUUGCAAGAGAGCACGAAAAAUGAGGAGAGUCUUUUUCAAAUUAAAAAAAAAAUUCCAUCGUAUAACAUGUCACGCCUAAUUUUUUCAAUUUGAAAAAAAUUUCCAUCGUAUAACAUGUCGCACCUUAUUCUUUUCAAUUUGAAAAAAUUUUUCAUCGUAUAACAUGUCACACCUUAUUCUUUUCAAUUUGAAAAAAAAUCAUCGUAUAACAUGUCACACCUAAAUUUUCUCAAUUUGAAAGAAUUUUCCAUCGUAUAACAUGUCGCACCUCAGAGUUCUACCGUAACGCUUUUUAGGUCCUUUAGGGCCCGUUACCUCUAUAACAAAAAAAUUCUUGUCUUGACACAAAGUUAGAUCUUUCAAACAUUGAAGAAAAUCAGCAUAAAAUUCAUUAAAAUAUCCAACUUUUUUCAGAAACAAUCUCGUUGAAGUGAAAGAAACUUGCUCGGUUUUGGUCGGACAACAUCCCGCCUUGCUUGCCGGCUACAUUGAGCUGAUCAAAGUGCUGAUAAUGAAUCGAAGUUGGGACGAGAUCACUGAUAUUUCUCAGCAGGCCUCGUUGAUUCAGGUACUUAAUAACACCUCCAAAUUUCAUAUUGCGACAAUUUUUUUUAGAGUCAGUGCAUUCCUGUGCAACUCUUCGAAUGCCUUGAGGGAAUUGUUCAUUCUGGACACUUUGAACAAACCGAGACGUUCCUAUCCGAGAUGAACGACGCUGUCAACAAAUUUGAGUCGACGAAUUAUGAGCUGUGCCUGUUUAUUUCGCAGUUUCUGGCGGCUAUUUCACUGGAUAAUGAGAGUGUGAAACAGUUUGCAAGGUAAGGAUUUAACUGUCGGAAUGAUGGCAAAAAAGUCAAAAAAGUGAUAAAAAAUUAUCGAUUACAGUGCGACUUUUCGGGAGGUAUGUAAGUAGAUCUUCUGUAAGGGUGUUCCUAGAAUUAUGGAAAAAACUAUUCAUUAAUAACUUUGUGCUCGGUGGUCCAAUCCGAAAAAUUUUUUUGCAUUUUACAGGAAAACCUUUGAGUUUUUAGAAUCAAAAAAAAAUUUUUUCUUUGAUCGGCGGAGACUUCGUUAAUCCUCCUUGAAUUCGGCGGAAUGUUUUUUUCACAAAGUAGACAUUUUUAACUUCGGCGGACGAUUUUUCUUCGACUAAAAUUGGCUAAAACCAAAACGUAUGGUAUAACAAACUCCCUUACAUCGAAACGGCCUUACACGGAACUGUGAAAUAACGAACAAUUUCACAGGUCCGAAAAGGCAAUGUAGGCUGAAAUAAACCUCUGUACACCAAAUCCUUUCUAUAGCGGUUAAAAGACGAUUUUUGGCUCGCUGCGUCAGCCGGAGACAUUCAAAAAAAAUUUUUUUGAGUUUUUUGGCCUAAAAUGUUGGUAUGGGUCACUAAAACACAUUCCCAAAAUUUUUUUGCCCAGUGAUGCCCGGAAGGUAGAAAUUUGCAUAUGGUUAUAACCGUUCUUCUGAGCUCUGCUGUUGCCGUCGCAAUAAAGACGACUUGACGAAACCAACGCCAUAUAGGUUUUGGUGGAUGGCGAAUUCAAAAAUCGCAAUUUCAAGUUAGUAGGGUUACUGUAACAUAAAGUUUUUGACCUUCGGUCGAUAAAAAUCGACCGUAUCUCCUUCAAAUCAAAAAUCCCACAAGAUUUUAUUGCAGAUUUGGAAUCAGCGUAAAAUUCUGGUCUAGGAACAUGUAAUUUGCAUCCUUGAUUCCGUGGCAGAUAAAUCAUGGCGCAGUGGGUUUUGACGAAAACUAGUAAUCUGACGACCCUGGUUCGAUCCCCGCUGGAGACAAGUAUUGUAAAAAAUGUGGAAAUGACAUUUAAUGGAAUUAUGAGGGUUAUAUAAGCAACGCUAAGUAUUUUUAGACAUCAACGGAAUAUGGAUUUGAGGUUAGAACAGGGUUUAUAUUGUUUUAGUCUCGGAAUCCGUGAAAAAUAAAACUGCUUCAAACGGGCUGAAAUUGAUAAAACCUAUUCUAGGCCUAAUUCUAAGAAACUUUUACGUUAACUUUUUUUUGUUGGAUUACUGUAUCGUGGAUUACGGUAACAAAAAGCUCGGCCUCCUUAAAGGCGAUUUCUUCAAAAUUUCCGCAUAAAAUUAAAAUUUUUUUUGGCUAUAUUAUUCAAACGGCAGAAAGCCGGCAUGCCUCAUAUUUAAAAUGCAAUUCGAACUCAUUUUCAGUCUGAAUUAAUCUCAUCAUCCAUUGGUGAUAUUGUGUUAGAUAAUUCAGGUAUUUCAAAACAUACGGCCAUAAACGAACUACUAAUGCGCAAACCCACUCGUUCUUAACCAUUCCUACAAUCUUCGUGAUAUUCCGAUGGCUCUGCGCCUUAUGGUAUGAAAAAACAAAAUUGGGUUUUAUGUUACCGUAAUCCACGAUACAGUAAUCUAACAAAAAAAAGUUAACGUAAAAGUUUCUUAGAAUUAUGCCUAGAAUAGGUUUUAUCAAUUUCAGCCCGUUUGAAGCAGUUUUAUUUUUCACGGAUUCCGAGACUAAAAUAAUAUAAACCCUGUUCUAACCUCAAAUCCAUGUUCCGUUGAUGUCUAAAAAUACUUAGCGUUGCUUAUAUAACCCUCAUAAUUCCAUUAAAUGUCAUUUCCACAUUUUUUACAAUACUUGUCCCCAGCGGGGAUCGAACCAGGGUCGUCAGAUUACUAGUUUUCGUCAAAACCCACUGCGCCAUGAUUUAUCUGCCACGGAAUCAAGGAUGCAAAUUACAUGUUCCUAGACCAGAAUUUUACGCUGAUUCCAAAUCUGCAAUAAAAUCUUGUGGGAUUUUUGAUUUGAAGGAGAUACGGUCGAUUUUUAUCGACCGAAGGUCAAAAACUUUAUGUUACAGUAACCCUACUAACUUGAAAUUGCGAUUUUUGAAUUCGCCAUCCACCAAAACCUAUAUGGCGUUGGUUUCGUCAAGUCGUCUUUAUUGCGACGGCAACAGCAGAGCUCAGAAGAACGGUUAUAACCAUAUGCAAAUUUCUACCUUCCGGGCAUCACUGGGCAAAAAAUUUUGGGAAUGUGUUUUAGUGACCCAUACCAACAUUUUAGGCCAAAAAACUCAAAAAAAUUUUUUUGAAUGUCCGGCCCCUCGUAUUGGCUGACACAGCGAGCCAAAAAUCGUCUUUUAAUUGUUUUGGGGCUUUGCCAAGAAUUUAGCCUUUAGACCAAGGUCAGUGUUUUCCUUUUCUAGGAGAUUCGCUGACAAAGCGUUGCAAAUCCGGGAAACCGAAGAGGCCAUCGCCCUGAAAUCGGAGCUGCUUUUGGAAACCGGCAACACAAAAGAAGCCAUCAAAACGGCAAUCGGUGCCGUGGAAAGUCACAACUUGGCCAUUCCGGAUCCAUUGUUCUGUAAGCAACGAUUUCAAAGCGCAAGGAUUUUACUUGAACUUCGAUUACAAUAAUUAUGAUAACUUUUAGCUUUGAUCCGUUGCUACAUGGCAGAUAACAAAAUGAAAGACGCCAAAACACAACUGGAAUUUGUCAAAGUUUCUUUCUCGGAGAUUGAAAAGAAUACUGUAAGUACUUUUUUGUUUUUUCGUAUUUUAAAAAGCUAUUGUCACUGUUGAUAAUAUGCAUGUAACAUACCUUCUUUUUGCUUUCAGAUGUACAUGUAUUUGAAUGCUCUAGUGGAAAAUGAGAAAAGUCCAAACAAGGAGGGGUUUCUUGGCGCCGUCCGAAAUGUCAUCGACCAUCACAUGGGAAAUGUGCAUGUAAGUUUAGCCAUCAUUUCCUAUGUACCAAGGGCGGUCUAUGACGCGGAACAAACACUUUCGGUCCGACAAAAAAAAAUAACAAAAAAAAAAAUAGGAAAAAAAGUCAUUUUUUUGUGGAGACGUUAUUCUCUAUAGCAGAAAUACAAUAUGAAACUUUUUACGCCAAAGUUUGGCAAAAAAGUCGUUGAAUUUUUGUAAACGUUUGAUCGAAGAAUCUAAAAAAUCUCGGUCGUUUCCACAAAGCGCAAGCUAGGAGUCUCACAAAAACAUAUAUUUUUUUCAGGGUCUCCCCUACGGCCUAGAAUAUCUGAAAGCUCUGAACGCCACCUUCAUAAUGGAGAUUGUCCAAAAGCUCUUCGAAUACGUGCCACUCAGCCCGUCCAACAUUCCGGACCCGGUCCUCAAAGAGAUUGAGCGCAAUCUCCUCGUGCUGCAUGACAAUUUCCCGGCCGUCGCUAAGUUGUCGUAUCUUUUGGCCAAAGUCAAAUAUCUUCACUUGGACAACGACGGAGCCCAGGCGUACUUGAAGAAUGCGAUCGAUCGGAACAAUAACAUCGCUGAAGCGCAUUUGCUGAUGGCGCAGGUAAAACACGGCCUUCAUUUUUUGGAUUUCUUUUUCUGUAACUAUACUUGUACGUGUUGUUUAGAUCCAUCUGCAAAAGAAUAAUUUGGAGGAAGCCUCGAAAUGUCUGGACAUUGGAUUAGGGUUCAAUUUCAAGGUCCGGGAUCACCCGUUGUUCUACUUGAUCAAGAGCAGAUUUUUGAGGAAGGAAAAGAAGUUGGAGGAGGCCAUCAUGAUGAUGAAAUCGGCCUUUGAUCUGCAGGCAUUUCAAGGUGAGUUGGGGGUCUUCAAAAUUUGUAAAAGUCAUUGGGGGAUUCCCCAAGAGGGAGGGCACGUCAAUCCAGCGCAUUUCCUGAACCGUUUCGAAACUUCGUAUCGUUUUCAUUGAUUUAAAAGAGAAACGAAAUGCCGCGAAAUUAUCGGCACUUUUUCUCGCCCCGAAUAAUUGCUUUUUCAAGAAAAGGAAGAAGAAAGGUAAGAAAAUGCGUUUUCGGGUAGUGACAUUUCGUUUUGAACGAAUCACCAAAAAGGGGCGGGAAAUUUUUUUCUUCUAUUUUGGAUUGACAUGGAGGGUGGGAAAAAAUAAAUAAAAAAAAGCGAGGGGGGGGGGUUGGUUAAGGGAGAGUAAGAAACCUGUCGUCAAAAAAAUCCACCAUUUUUUUACUUAUACGCUCUGGAAAGCCACAGCUGAAUGUCCAAAAGUUUUAGUUCGCGCUUUGCAGGCGCAGCCGAGGUAUUCAACGAUCUUUGCGGCCGACGAGGAGAGCGGUUAGAGAGAAAAACACCCUUUGGCCGUAUCCUUCGCAGUUUCGCAUGAAAAAAAUUAAUUUUCUGUGGAAAUAUUAGUGUCUACAAUAGAAUUACUCUAUCAAACUUUUCAUGACAAAAUUCGCCAAAAAAGCGUCACAUUUUUGCAGGUUUUAGACAUUUUCUCCGAUUUUCGAUUGAAAUCGGUGGUUCUGUACCGGAGUCUCGCAUAAAUCUUAAAAAACACUCUAACUGUUGCAGUAGUCACCAAUUUGAAAGGGGAAGCCAUACUUUCCGUUUUUUAGAUAACGAUGCUUCUCUGGAUCGUCUGGAAGUCACCGAAUCAGACAGGAUCCAAAUAAUCUUAGAACUCAUCGAUCUUCUGCAACAAGUUGGACAGACAGUAAGAAGACGCUUUCUAGGAGCCUACAAUAGCUAAACAGAGCCUUGACCCGAAGUAAAAACCAAUACUUUCCUUUUACGCUUUCAGAGAGAAGCAGAUCAAGUAAUGCAGCAAGCCGUCCAACGAUACCACGGGAAGGCUGAAGAACAUCAACUCGUCCUAAUGAAUGCUCAGCUCCGCCUUCAGCGAGGAGAUGUUGACGGGGCGAUCAAGGUCUUGGACACCAUAAAACCUGGUAAAUCAAAGGGCGCCUUUACUGAUUCGAGGCCAUUUUUCAGACGACCCGAAUUACAACGCGGCUCGAAUGAAGAUGGCGCAAAUCUAUCUGGAGAACAAACAAGAUCGUAUUCGUUUCGCACAAUGCUACAAGUCGAUUUUGGAUAAAAAUCCGUCGCCGCAGACGUAUGUGCUGCUUGGCGAUGCGUAUAUGAGUAUUCAGGAGGUAAGACGAAGAUGAGAUUUGUAGUUAAAAUUCAAAAUAUUACAGUACAUAGAAAACGGACAUAAUCUUGGCUUAAAAAAGCCAAAGUGGGACCAUGGAGGGCCCAGUCUUUGACCCAGUAGGAGAAGAAACAUGAAAGAGAUCCUCGGUUCCUCGUCAACACGAUCAGGCACCGGGUCUCCUAAUACGCUGUCCUAGACAAACUCUCCCGACACUCCAACAAUUUCCAAUGACCUCUUUAUUCUUCCAAACCCAAUACACAAGCUGGCCAAUACACGCGAUCUAUUCCAAUUGUCCACACGCUCUGAAGGCCAACCGCUCGCUCAGGCUGCGACUCACAGCGUUCUGUACUUUUUUUUGAAAUGAAUCGGACAUCGAUUUUUUCGAAUUUUUUUUCGUGGCCGACUUUCGGGUUUCGUGGCAGGACGCAGCGACGGGUUGAAUGUUGUUGCGGCGGUCGUGGCCUCACUCAUGAUUCUGGAGUGAAGACUUGAGCCAAGGGAACAAAACUUUGAACUGAGUUGGCGAGACCCAAUAAGGUCUCAAAUCGAAUGGGAACGGUAGUUUGAAACCAUAAAAAUUCUACAGUGAAGCCUGUGUACAACGACACCUGCCUAAAACGUAAAUUUUGAUGGGUCUCAAGAGCCAAUUGCAGACGGAAAUGAACCUCUGUACAACAAAUACAUUCAAAUACAGAUAAUUUUUUUUGGUGUCGUUCAUUGUACAGAGGCUUCAUUGUAGCUAGAAACUUCCAUAUUUAUAUUACAAAAAAUACAAAUAACUUCUCUAAUCUUUUUUAAAGUAGCUACGUUUAAGUUGUCUCUGUUUUCAGCCCACCAAUGCGAUUGAUGCUUACGAAACGGCCAUGCGGAGAAGUCCGAAUGACUAUGAGCUGGCAGUGAAGAUUGGCGACGCUUAUGUGAAAUGUCAUUUGUACAACAAAGCCAUCAACUUUUACGAGGCGGCCAUGAAGAAGAGCAAGCAGCCGCUUCUGCGAUUGCGAUUCGCUGAGCAGCUCUUGCGACUGGGGAAUAUGGAAAAGUGCGAGAGAGUGCUGAGGGAUGUGAUUGACGAGAGUUUGGAGCCGGAUUGUAAGUUUCGCCUCUUAUUUACAGUGAUCAACAUAAAAUAUGAUAUCUAGCCGCAGCUAAAAUUGAGCUCAAUUUUUUAUCAACUGAUCGAUUUUUCAGCCUUCCAAGAACUCCACGAUCACGUCGGCUUCUGGGCUCUCUUAUCCAGAAUGCAUUCCGAAUCGAACAAUGUCGGCUUGGCCAUCACUGCGCAGGAAAAAGCAAGAACUUUGCAAAACAAAAUCCUUGCGUUGAAAGACAUCCCCAACAUCCAAGCGGAGCGAAGAGCGGCGGCUGAGUAAGAUAUUAAGAUAUCAGGCUGUCGGGAAAAUAAUCGGCGCAAUGUCGGAUCGAAAAUCGCAUCACCGCCGAGAAAAUGAAGCAAAAAUAAAAUGGCUUUUUCAUUUUAGCGACGCGAUCAGCGCAGCGACAGAAUGCCCAUUAUUUUCCCGACAGACAUUUUUUUGUAAAUCUAUAGCGUCUUCAACUAUCUUCAAUACUGAGGAUCUGCCUGUAGCGAACGAUUUCGGCGGCUCCAUGAGGCAAGAUUAGAAAAAAUAUAAGCCUCCGGAUAACAACAGCUUUCUGUAUAACAAAUAAAAUUUUUGGUUCAGUGCUAUUCCUAGUUUAAAUGUUCUGUUACAGUGAGGGACCUGAUCCAGUGGCAAAAAACGUACCAUUUUAUAUCUGGGAUGUUACGAAAAUGUGGCAAAAUGCUUCCCUCUCCAAGUGAAAAAACUUCGUUUUGAAGGGCGCGCCCUUUUUCUAUACAAAAAGUGCGGCCGCGGUUUUGAAAUCUGAGUUUUUUCACUUGAAGAGGGAGGCAUUUUGCCACAUUUUUUGAUACUUUCUUUAUUGCAAAAUGGUACGUUUUUUGCCACUGGAUCAGGUCUCCCACUGACGUCAUAAAACCGUGGAAAUUCUGUGCACCGAAUUCCAAAAAAAAUUUGUCAUAGAAGAGCUUUGUUGUGCACAAGUUUUGCAUGAACUCACUUCAUUACUUGCAUUUUGUGGCCAUGAAAUUGCUCACUAUAGGCAGCUUUUGUUGCCACCUUCAUUAUACAGAGCUUCCACCGCAUUUUACAUUUCAGAACCUCCGCAAAACUCGCCGAACUCUACGCCCGGCGCCGUGAGCAUGCCAAAGCCGUUGAUUUGUAUAAAGAAGCCAUUUUCAUCAACGAACGCGAACUUCGGAUGAUCCCGAAUCCCGAGCCGGACAGCUUGGAGCACUUCCACUUGCAGAUCAUGAUAAAGCUAGCGAGGAUUUACAUGACAAUGGGGAAACUGCAGCAGUGUCAUCAACAAUGUCAUGCGAUUUUGAACUUGGAUCGAAAUAAUAAUGAAGCUACUUUGGUAGGCAUUUUAACGGGUCUUAAGCAGCUUUUCAUGAGCUUUUCAAGGCGCUGAAAUGCUAUUCAUAGGUUCUAAUAUCACUUUCAGCUCAAAAAUUUAAUUUUCAGAUGCUCGCCGACCUUAUGUAUCAACGAAAUGAAGGAGAGACGGCGUUGAAGCACUUUUCCCAACUGCUCGACCGAAACCCAACGCAUUAUCACGCCCUAGCGCGCUACAUUGAGCUGGGCUGGCGGAAAGGGGAUCUAGAGCAGGUGGAGAAGUACGUCAAGAACGCUUUAGAGCACAAUCCUCGCGCCACAACGGACGCUGGCUUCAACUAUUGCAAAGGCCUUAUAGAGUGGUAUUCGGGAGAGCCGAACAGCGCGUUACAGGCAUUUAAUCGAGCGAGACGAGACUUGGAGUGGGGAGAGAGGUCGUUGGUGAACAUGAUCGAGAUUUGCAUGAAUCCCGACAACGAGUUGAUUGGCGGAGAGACAUUUGAACAUGAUGACGCCGCAGCUAGAGGAGAGUCGAAAGAAAUUGCGGUGAAGACCGCGGAUAGGUUCUUGAAGGUGAGUAGAAAGGAAGCUUGCUACGGCAAACCUCCAUACAACGAGACCUGUCUAUAACAAACGAUUUUUGAGGGCCCAAGAGACAAUUUUAGACGAAAAGACGCUUUUUUUCGAAGCCUUCUUCUACAGGGUGCGCCAAUAAAAUCUGGACUAAUGUUUUUGCUUGCCCUGCGGGCUGUGACAGUACAAGAACAAAGUGGGCGAUUGUGGAUACGUGUAAUACGUCCAAGAAGCUAUCUUUAAAGUUUCAGACAAAAUAAUCGUCUACGACACUUGUUUUGCCAUUAUAAGUGCUUACAACUAAGGCGCCUGAAACACGGACCCCAAAUUGGUCAAAAAAUGGUUGCGCUAUCUUUACCGUUUUAUGGUAUGGACUGAAAUUUACUUUUUCUGAUAGAGCUCCGGUUGGUUUUUAUGCACUGAAAUUGAUUUUGCCUUAUUAUGACAAUUAGGCUUUUUACAGCUUGCCAAAGUUGGCUUAAAAACGGGCCCUUUUUCCCGAGAACUUCCGUUAAUUCAAAGAUUUUUAUGUAGAAGUUUCCUUGUGUGAUUCCAAACAUGUUAAGCACCAGAACUACUUUUGCAAGGAUAACCAGAGUCAGCCUAGCCGCCUUUCAAAAAGGAUUUUUCUAUCUGCUGCCUCUGGGGAUGAAAUAGUGACCGUAGUGGCAUAAUUUACUGUAUGCUCGCUAUUCGAGUGAUCUUGGACUAGAUUUUUCUAAAAGUGUUUUAGCUACAUCAGCAUGUAUCCAGUAUACAACUCUAUGUUGAUUUUUACGCUCAAGGCCUUUCAUACUUGUUGCAAACUGCCAAAACGUUUCAAGUUCCGAAUGACCGUGCCUUGAAUUCCCCCCAUGAACUUUUAUUAAUGAAAAAACGGUCCCCUUGUAUGUGCGGGUUUUCUUUUACACUAUAACAAUUGGCUAUGUAUACGCUCUGUAAUCACGGAAUUUUGGAGCAACACGAGCUAUAAUCGGGCGUUGAGAUCCUUAAAAACACAAAAAUCCAAAUGUUUGGGUAUUUUUUUGUUUCCGCCACCAGCGCCGCCAGAUCGGCCACCAACCCUGGUUCCGUAGGCCGUUACAAAGACAACACCACGUACUUUAUAUACAAUAAAUUUGAAGAACGUCAGUGACUAUUAUUAGAAAUAAUGGAAGAAUUAAUACCCCAGUCAUCAUCUAGAAAAAAAAUUUCUGCACCUCCAAAAAGUUUUGAUUAUUUUUUCAGUCUUGCAAUAGGCAUCGACCUGGUUAUUACCGUUGCUGUAUAGCACUGUUGUUACCCUUUCUAAAAGUGCUAAAAGUUUCUGUUCUCAGGCCAUCCGAAAAAGGCUAUAUGGAAUUUAGCUUUGUCCAGAUUUUAUUGGCGCACCCUGUAUAGGUCUGUCGUAAAAAUAAUUUUCACAAUAUCGCUGCGCUGAUCGAGUUGCUGAAUCGAAAAGAAAUUUGAUUUUGCCGCGACACAAUUAAUUUUCUCGGCGGCGAUUUUCGAUGCGACAGAGUGCUCAUUAUUUUCCCGACUGACUGAGAAAAGAACGACAAACCUCCGAACAACGAAUCCUGUCUAUAAAAAACAAUUUUAGCGGUUCCAAAAGUGAAUUUUUUGGCCAAAGUACGCCUUUGUUCAGCGAAGCCUUCUAUUGUCAGUCUGUCGGGAAAAUACUGAGCACGCUGUCGCAUCGAAAAUCGCAUCGCCGCCGAGAAAGUGAAUUGUGACGCAACAAAAUAAAAUUUCUUUUCACCUCAGCGAUACGAUCGACGCAGCGACAUUGUGCUCAUUAUUUCCACGACAGAGUGACAUAGCAAACUUCUCUUUUGCUUUUCUGCAAGUCGCUAUACAAAGGUUUCUUUUGCGAUACAAGCUUUGUAUUAAUUUAAAGCCGAAACAAUUUUAGGAGCUAAAAAACAAGCGGCUGAACAACAGCAAGCACGAACUGCUCUCAAAUUUUAUUCAGCUGGCAAGCGGAAACAAAAUGAAUAUCCAAGCCUCGUUGGACAGCUUCUUGGAAAUUCUUGGCGCCGAUUUCACAAAUCCCAAUGGACCGGUAUGUAAUUUUGAUCAUAACUUCACUGCGGUUAUGUCCCAAAAAAAUUAUUUUGACCCUUUGCGACAAGCAGUUGCUGUUCAGAGUUGGAUGGAUACUAGGCAAAAAAUGAAAAAAACUACAGUGUCGGACCUAAUCCAGUGGCAAAAACCGCGCCAUUUUGCAUCCGGGACGUAUCAAAAAUGUGGCAAAAUGCCUCCCUCUUCAACUAAAAAAGCUCUAUUUUAAAGGUUCCUUCACAACAAGAGCGGGAGCGCUUUUGAAAUCGCAGUUUUUUCGCUUGGAGAGGGAGGUAUUUUACUGCAUUUUUGAUACUUCCCGGAUGCAAAACGGUACGUUUUUUGCCAAUGGGUCAGGUCCACCACUGUAGUAAGCAAUGUCAUCAAAAUGGAAAGUCAGAGUGUUGUUUUUUUUUAUAAUGUACCUAUGGGUCAUAAUUGCAGAGAUUUCUUUUUUUUUGAAGACGAUCUCAAUCAAAUUUUCUUUUUCUAGGAAGUGGUCAACGUUGGAGCUGUUCUAGGGGCCGCUAGAGCCUACAUGCUAUUGAAGCAGACACAAAAAGCCAAGCAAUAUCUGAAGCGAGUCCAUUCUUACCCGUGGAAUUUGGAGGACUCCGAUUAUCUUCAGCAAUGUAAGAGAUAGCCCUUAAAAUUAGGGUGCUUUUUUAGGCUGGCUCCUUCUCGCUGACAUCUACAUAAAUCAAGGUAAAACCGACCAAGCCACCGCCGUAUUACGGACUGUGCUUCAGUACAACGCCAGUGCCACCAAGGCCUACGAAUACAUGGGGUUUUUGCGGGAAAAAGAGCAGAAAUACGCGGACGCCGCCGCGAACUACGAACUUGCCUGGAGAUUGUGUCGACAACGAAAUCCAGCAGUCGGCUACAAGCUGGCUUAUAAUUAUUUGAAAUGCCGGAGGCUGUUUGACUGUAUUGAUGUUUGCCACGCGGUUCUGAGGCUAGUUCCGGAGUAUCCGAAAGUCAAACGGGACAUUAUGGACAAAGCCAGGUCGAUGAUCAAAAUGUAAUCACUAUCAAAUCUCUGUACAACGAAUCGCAAGUGUUGUGGAGCCUCAACGGUCUCGAUUUUAAAGGCCCCAAGCCUCAAAGGUCUUCCCAAUUCCCACAGUAAUUAGCAUAAACCAACUCAUAUAAAAGCAACGUCUCGUCACCAACUAUUAGAACAUAAUCUCAUUUUUUCUUUUCCCUGUGUGCGGUCUCAAUAAAUCCGAUCUUAAACCUGUGUCUCUUCUCAAUACCUAUCCAACAGGGGAAGUACUCCAACUGCGACGCUCAGAUUUUCUUUAAAUUUUGCACACACGUCGGGUAUGGACUAAAUACCAAUUCCUAAAAGUUUUAGCUCGCGCUUUGCGGGCGCCGCCGAGAUAUCGAACGAUUUUUGCCGCCGAGAGAGCACGCUAAACGUGGAGAGCGGUCAGAGAGAAAAGCGCUUUUAGGCCAUAACUUUGGCAGCUUCGUGCGGAAAAAUUUUUUCGCCGACUUUCGAUCUAAAAAUCUCGGUUGUUUCUGCAAAGCGCGAGCUAAGAUUCUCGCAUAUAAUAUCUUAGAAAAAAUUAUUCUAAAUUUGUGCCAAGUUUCAUCAAAAUCUGAGCGGCGCACUUGGAGUACUUCCCCUGUAAGUUUGAUCAUCCGCUUCAGCAAGGGACCAAAAAAUUUGUUCGUUAUAAAAGGUUUUCGUUGCAUGGAAGUGUUUAUUUUGGCCUAAAAUUUACACUGGAAACCUCCGAAAUUGUCCAAAAUUGUUUGUUAUAGAGAGGUUAUCAGUCUGUCGGGAAAAUAAUAAGCAUUCUGUCGCAUCGAAAAUCGCAACCCUGCCGAGAAAAUGAAUUGUGUCGCGGGAAAAUCAACUUGCUUUUCACUUCAGCGACAAGAUCGGCUCAGCGGCAUUGUGCUCAUUAUUUUCCCGACAGACUGAUAAAAUUUGUACGAAGGUUUGCUGAACAGAGGCUCCACAUAAAACGCGAUUUCUGACUCGGUCAAUUAGCCGUGAACAUAGGAAAUUUUCGAUUUUGAGAUUUACAGCUAGAUAUGACCGCAUCCAUCAUACAAGUGUGUUCCUGAAGCAGUUUGCACUAAUUCUCCCGUUAACCAAGCUCUAUUUACAAUAAAUUUUCCUAUGUCCCGGCCUUGCACACGGCUGAUUCAGUGAGUCAGAAAUAUUUUGUUUCAAAUAUUUUGAGGAUUAACGCCAAUUUUGCAUUGCAAUUGACAUGUUUUUGCAUGGUAAUAAAUUAUUUCUCCAUUUUACGCUACAUCGAGGAAGUCUUAAAAGCAAAAGGAAGCCGGCGCCGUGGGAGGAAACUUCGAAAAAAAUGAGGGAAUCACAGUGAUUUAAUGGGUCAAAAGAGAUCGUAAUCAAAUUUAGCCUUCACUCUCGCUUCGAUUUCAACGGGAGCGUUGGAUUUUGAUGUUUUACUUCUUGGGGUAUAACAGUUUUGUAAUCACUAUUUUACAUUGGGAUUUUAGGACUAGGCGGGCUAAAAAAGCCUUCACAUAUUUUUGCAGGGGCGGUCGGCGUCGCGAAGUGUCUUUGCGCGACAAGCAAUCAGCAUAGUGCAAAUACAAAACGCAAUAUGCAGUUUUAUGCGUGGUCGGUACCACAAAUGUUAAUCGUCGCGGUGCAGUAUGUCCUUCGCGCCACGGCAUGUCAGGAAAAAUUACAGGGUGGGCCAUUUGAAACCCCGAACCUCUUUUCAGGUAUUUCUCCGCUAAUAACGCACCAAUUUCCAUAAAAUUUGUGUCAAAUUAAACCUGAGACACCCCAUUUUUUGUCUACCAAAUGUUACCCGUCUAAGUUCAUGGAGGCACUUGUACUGAGCUUUGACAUUUUCAUUCCACCUUUUGAAGCCCGAAAUCGGCGAAACUUCCGUUAGAAAAUGUUUGAUUUUAAAUUGUGUUUCUCGGACUGCUUCUCUCUACCGGAAGACAUAAACUAUAUACAUAUCUUGAGGGUGCUUUAGAGCACAACAACAGGCUCUUUAGAGCCUGCAAAGAUUAAUAUCUCAUACGUUUCAUUUUUGGGCGUGUUUUUAUCAUUCUCCGAACUAAACUGGUUUGAGAAGUUCCUACUAUGUAUCUAUAAAAUUCAACAAAAAUUCAUCGUUUUAGACAUCUCGCCGGGUUUGGACAAUAAAUCAGGAUGGACAAAGUACUCGAUUUUUUCGUUUACCCGCCGAUCAGAAGGUAAGUAAAAGCAGAACAUUUUUUUUUGGAAGAUCUCUUAUAUUGCUUGUUAUAAGUAUAUAAUACAUGUUUCGUAUCCUAGAGUUUUUUUACUAAUCUUUUUUACGGUUCUUUUUUAUACGUUCUUUGAAAAGAUUGAAAAGUUACAAAGAAAACCUGCCGAUAACGAACCCACGCGGCAAAACGUAUCUAUAGCAGACAAUUUAAGAGAAAUUUUACGUCAAACCUUGGUAUAACAAAGGCCUCUUACAACGAAUGAUUUGUCCACUGUUAUACAGUUCACAUAGCAUAACAGCGGGCAUAGUAAAACAUUUUUUUAUUCAUUUUUAAAAAAAAUUUUAGUAUGCUAAUAUACGGCACACUCUCUGUCUCCUACGCCACAUUCAACCGCGUCAUUAUGACCAAAUUUUUCUUCGACUAUCCCAUUGUUCUGCUCAUUAUGCAAAUGGCACUUCUCCUGUUUGGAAUCGAAGCGCUCCGCGUCACUUCCUCCAUCAAACUCCACGCCUACACCUUUCAACGGGGCAAGGAUGUGUUCCCAGCGUCUUUACUCUACAUUAUGGCGCAUUUUUUGAAUUUGAACUGCCUUGACGGCACAACAAUGCCACUGUUCCCAUUUUUACAGAGAUUUACGCCCAUCUUGAUCAUUGAGUUGAAUCGGCACUUCAACCGGAGGGCUAGGCCUUCUAAGUUCGAUCUUACUUGCAUUGGAGUCAUUUGCGUCUCCACGGCUGCGGCUUGUAAGUUUAUUUCUACGCUUUUUCAAAAGAAGUAGGCUUUUUGCCGCAAGUUUUGAACACUAUUGAGUUGAUCUAGUGGCAAAAAACGUACCAUUUGCAUCCGGUGAGUAUCGAAAAAUGUGGCAAAAUGCCUCCCUCUACAACUAUAAAAACUCCUUUUUUUAAGGGAGUUUUUUCACUUGGAGAGGGAGGUAUUUUGCCACAUUUUUUGACACUUCCUGGGUGGAUAAUGGCACAUUUUUGGCACUGGAUCAGGUCCGCCACUGUAGUCCUGCCUAAAGCUUUAUGAAGAUGCUAAUACUGCUAGUAUUCUAAGAACUCCUUUUCAGCUGUCUACGACUGGUCUUUCGACCUUUGGUCGAUCAUCUAUGGCGUUGUCGCUGUUUGCAUGGAAUCCUACUCUCUGUUCUUGAUGGAAAAGCUCAAAGAUCAAUAUAAUUCGUGGUUGGAGAUCUUGUACAUGCACUCCUUCAACUGUCUGUGCGUUCUGUUGGUGGCGGAUUUGAUUCAGGUGAGGUUUACAGUUUCUACAGUGAAAAAAGAACGUUUUGAAAACAAGAGUAAUCUCCUUUUCUCAGCUGUCGGGAAAAUAAGGAGCACAAUGUCUCCGCGCCGAUCGCGUCGCUGAAGUGGAAAGAAAUUUGAUUUCGCCGUGACACAAUUCAUUUUCUCGACGGCGAUGCGAUUUUCCAUGCGACAGAGCGCUCAUUAUUUUCCCGACAGACUGAUGGAAAAAGCGGAAAAGCGUCUUUUGAAAUAAACUGACGUAGAACGAAAGCUGUCUACAACGAACAAUUUCUAAGGUCUGAGAAGUCGGUCUACGGUCAAAACCUCUAUAUAACAAAACGUUUUUAUAACGAGUAUUUUUUUGAUUUUUGAUUAUUUGGCGCGCGUCAGAAUGAAAACAGAGAAAAAUGGAAAUUUAAAAACGAAAAGUAACUCCAAUUUUUUUUUAUUCUUUCUCUGACCGCUCUCUUUGCCUUUGUGCAUGCGCCUCUUCCUCUCAUCGCUCGGCGAAAAUAGAACGAGAAAGGAAGAGAGCCCGAUUUAAUUUUGAAAUCAUGACAUAGAAAGAGGGGAAAUCAUUGUCAGACUGUCGGGAAAAUAAUGAACACAAUGCCGAUGCCCCAGUGGCGAGAAAAUGAAUUGUGUCGCGGCAAAAUCAAAUUGCGUAUCACUUUAGCGACGGGAUUGGCGUAGCUACAUUAUGCUUAUUAUUUUCCCGACAGAGUAAUAUUUUGCCCCAACAUUCACAAACUUUCAUUUCCAUUUUUAUGUGUUGUACAGAGCGUUGACUGUACAAUAAACUUAUCAUUCUAAGCCCUCUUUCAGGACGAGAUCCGCGACUCCUUCAUGUACCUCGUGACCAGCACCACCUUCCUAUUUGUCAUCAUCCUGACCAUCAUGCUUGCCAUCGGAGUGGGCUUCCAAAUCGCCAUGUUCUACUGUCUCUCGCUUUGCGGAGCAUUGCAUUCGAGCAUGAUGAACAUAAUCGCCAAUGGAAUUCAGCUCUUUGUCGCUUACGGGCUAUCAAUCUUUUUGUUCUACGAUCUGAAUCCCACUUGGACCAAUGUUUUCGGGGUGAUCAUAGCAAGUUGUGUCGCCAUCUACUACUAUAUUAUUCAUCGGGCGUUGGACGCGGGGAAUACCUACAUGCCAACGAAAUAUUCUAUUGAAAAAAGUUAA